AUGAAAAAGAUACGCUUUACAAAGGAGGAAGAUAAUGUCGUUAAGGAACUCAUGGAAAAGUUGAAACAACAUAAUCAACUUAAACAACAAAACCCUUAUGCCAUUAUUGAAAAUGAGCUUGCUAAGUCUUCUUUCCAAAGAAAUUCGAAGCAAAUUCGCCAACGAAAAACCAUUUGGACCCAAAUCAAUAAAGAAGGACCGAAUGGUACAAUUAGAUUUGCAAAAUUAAUUCCGGUGAUGAAAAAUAGGUUUGGUAAAUUGUACUCCGAGAACAAUCUCAAGAAUUUUUGGAAUUCUAGAGAAAGAAGAAGACGAGUUAAAAGAAAUCAACAAGGCAAAGGACCAAAGCUUCAAAUUUAUGACGAGAUAACUAAGAUAUCUCCCUCUCCUUUGGCUAGUCCUUUGAGUAAUCAGGCUCCUUUGGUAACUCUCCCGAUUCCUCAAUACCUUCUUCCGGGAUGCAAAUAA